AUGCCUAGCCUUUGGGAUUGCUUCUCCUCUUCCUCCUCCUCGCCGGUGUCCUUGUCCCCAGCUCCCACCCCAGAUCAGCCACUGCUCUCGGCCUGGGGGUUGGCGGCCCGAAAAGAGGUGCUCUGCUGCUGCUUGCGCCCGGAGAGCUCCGACUGCGAGUCUCUGGACGACAGUAACGGCGGCUUCAGGCUGGAGGAAGACCCGGAAUACCUGGAUGGGGCGCCCCUGCCCGACUUCGAGCUUCUCAGAGACCCCGAGGACAAGCACCUGUGUGCCAGCCUGAUGCAGCUGCUGCAGGAGAACCUGGCCCAGGCCAGACUGGGCUCGUGGGGCCCCGUGCGCCUGCUGAUGCCCGCCCGGCUGGUGAGCCAGCUGGGCGAACAACUACUGUGCCUGGCCUACAGCGAGCCGUGCGGCCUGCGGGGGGCGCUGCUGGAUGUCCGCGUAGAGCAGGGCAACAGAUGCCACAGCGUCGGCCAGCUGGCCCUCCACCCCAGCCUGGUGCCUACCUUCCAGCUGACCCUCGUGCUGCGCUUGGAUUCAUGCCUGUGGUCCAAGAUCCAGGGACUGUUCAGCUCCCCCAACUCUCCCUUCAGCCAGUCCCUGACGCUGAGCACCAGCUUCCAACUCAUCAAGAAGAAGCUGUACAGCUCCGAAUAG